AUGCUGGUGUGGCGCGCUGUCAUCGUGACUAUCAUCGGACUACAUGCACUCACUACCUAUGGCGUUACAACUGUUGCGGCGACGAGUUCCAAGACACUCGAAGUUGGACCUUUGACCACCGGAGAGACGGCCAAUGAGAACUCGAAGAGAUUCCUAAGAAAGGAAAGCGCCGAGAAGAAUGGAGCCGCCAACGAAGAAAGAGACUUCAAAGAGACUGUUCGAUUGGCCCUCUUGAAGCUCAAGAUCCCCUACUGGGUUAUUACGGGCAAGGAUUCAUCUCAGGUCCGCAAAAGCUUAAAGAUAACGUACCCAUACAUCGAACACAAGAACUGGGAAGUAUCGAAGAGCUUCGAUAAUGUCAAGGACAAGAUCGAAAAGAGCCUCUACCCCGUGGGAAGGAACAUGCCCUAA